UCCUAAGGUUAAAACAAAGAAUCUUUAAAGAAGAAGAAGAUAAUAGGAAAUGUCAUACACAAACAACCCAUGUUCACUUUUCUCUCUCUAAUCUCUACUUUGAACAUAGACUCGAGAAAAAAAGGCUAAUAAAAUCCUUUCUUUUUUUUCUAUCUAGCUAGGGUUUACAGUUCAUUUCUUUCACAAUUUUGGUUGACUCAGUAGGACUGAAAAGAGGAUCUAAUUGUUACCCAAGAGAAGAAAGUGGCAAAUUAAGAAAAAUAAUAAGAGGGGAGGGAUGGGUAGAGGAAGAGUUGAGUUGAAGAGGAUAGAGAACAAGAUAAAUAGGCAAGUCACUUUUGCAAAGAGAAGAAAUGGAUUGCUUAAGAAAGCUUAUGAACUAUCUGUGCUUUGUGAUGCUGAGGUUGCUCUUGUCAUUUUCUCUAAUCGUGGCAAGCUUUAUGAAUUCUGCAGCACCAACAAUAUGCUCAAGACCCUUGAUAGGUACCAAAAGUGCAGCUACGGUACAUUGGAAGUCAACCGAUCAAUCAAAGAUAAUGAGCAAAGCAGCUAUAGGGAAUACUUGAAACUCAAAGCCAAAUAUGAGUCACUGCAGCGAUAUCAAAGACAACUUCUUGGAGAUGAGUUGGGGCCUCUGAAUAUAGAUGAUCUUGAGCAUCUUGAAGUCCAACUAGAUACUUCCCUCAAACACAUAAGGUCCACCAGGACACAAAUGAUGCUUGACCAGCUUUCUGAUCUUCAAACUAAGGAGAAAUUGUGGAAUGAGGCUAACAAGGUUCUUGAAAGAAAGCAGCUGGAAGAUAUAUAUGCUGAAAACAACAUGCAACAAACAUGGGGAGGUGGUGAGCAAAGUCUCAAUUAUGGUCAGCAGCAACAUGCUCAAUCUCAGGGUUUUUUCCAACCUCUAGAGUGCAACUCUACUUUGCAAAUUGGGUACGAUCCAAUAACUACUUCAAGUCAAAUGACAGCAGUAACAAAUGCCCAAAACGUCAAUGUUAUGGUGCCUGGUUGGAUGCUGUGAAUGUCCCUCAAAAAGUCCAACUUUCACUUAUUUUCAGUGUAGCAUAAAAGCAUAUAUUAUAUUAUAUGUUAUAAUAAAGGAGAAACUGAUUUUCUAUCCGAGCUGUAAAUUCACCUCUUACGGUUCUUUUUCUAGUUUUUGAGCUAAACUCUAUGGAUAAUACUAAGGUGAAUGUUGUAAACCAUAUUGAAAGAAACUCGAACUAUGUUGCUUUGAAAUGCUUAUUAAUAUCAUGAGGUGGAUGUUGCUGACCA